UUACAUUGUUGAUAUAUACGUCUGUGUUAAGGGAGAAUUAUACAACUGCUUCUAGGAGAAAAAAAAAAAAAAGAUAUCUAUAAUUUCAUCGAAGGGUUAAAACAAAAGAGAACGAGAAAGGAUUGCGAGUUACAACGCCAACCAUGACUUCCGUUGACGCUCAGCUCAAGGAUGUCGCCAUCCUCGGCCAGAUCAGCGAACCCGCACGUAAGAUCCUCACCAGAGACGCAUGCGCCUUCCUGGCCUUGCUUCACCGCACAUUCAAUGGAACGAGAAAAGCACUUCUUCAGCGACGCAUUGCCCGCCAGGCUGAACUCGACAGAGGCCAGCUUCUAGACUUCCUCCCUGAGACCAAGCACAUCCGUGAAAACGAUGCGUGGAAAGGUGCUCCUCCUGCACCGGGAUUGGUCGAUCGCCGCGUUGAGAUUACGGGUCCGACGGACCGGAAGAUGGUGGUUAAUGCGCUGAAUUCGGAUGUAUGGACGUAUAUGGCUGAUUUUGAAGAUUCGAGCGCUCCAACAUGGGAAAACAUGGUCAAUGGCCAGGUUAACCUUUAUGAUGCUAUCCGUCGUCAGAUCGACUUCACCCAGGGAGGAAAGGAAUAUAAACUCCGCACCGACAGAAAAUUGCCCACACUUAUCGCCCGUGCUAGAGGUUGGCAUUUGGAUGAGAAGCAUUUCACCGUCGAUGGCGAGCCUAUCUCCGGUGGUUUGUUCGAUUUCGGUCUUUACUUCUUCCACAAUGCCCACGAGUUGGUGAAGAGAGGCGCUGGCCCAUACUUCUAUCUUCCAAAGAUGGAAUCCCACUUGGAAGCCCGCCUAUGGAAUGAUGUUUUCAACUUGGCACAGGACUAUAUUGGCAUGCCCAGAGGCACCAUCCGUGGAACUGUCCUUAUUGAGACGAUCUCUGCUGCCUUCGAGAUGGACGAGAUCAUCUAUGAACUCCGAGAGCACAGUUCAGGUCUGAACUGCGGCAGAUGGGACUACAUCUUCUCGUUCAUCAAGAAAUUCCGCCAGAAUCCCAACUUUGUCCUCCCCGACCGUUCUGCUGUUACCAUGACUGUGCCGUUCAUGGAUGCCUAUGUCAGGCUUUUGAUCAAGACCUGCCACAGACGAGGUGUCCACGCGAUGGGUGGUAUGGCUGCUCAAAUCCCCAUCAAGAAUGAUCCCAAGGCCAACGACGCUGCCAUGGAGAGCGUUCGCGCCGACAAGCUCCGUGAGGUGCGCGCUGGUCAUGACGGCACAUGGGUUGCUCACCCAGCCCUUGCAUCUAUUGCUUCCGACAUCUUCAACAAGUACAUGCCAACUCCUAACCAACUCUUCGUCCGAAGGGAGGAUGUACAUGUUACUGCCAAUGAUCUCCUAAAUACCAACGUCCCCGGUAGCAUCACUGAGGAAGGAAUCAGAAAGAACAUCAACAUUGGCCUUUCAUACAUGGAGGGAUGGCUCCGUGGUGUUGGAUGUAUCCCAAUCAACAGCCUGAUGGAGGAUGCCGCCACCGCUGAAGUCAGCCGAAGCCAGCUCUGGCAGUGGGCCCGCCACAACGUUGUUACUGCUGAGGGCAAGAGGGUCGACAAGGCUUACAACUUGAAGCUCCUGAAGGAGCAAGCCGACGAGCUCGCCUCCAAGGGUCCCAAGGGCAACAAAUACCAGCUUGCCGCUCGCUACUUCGCCAGCCAGGUUACUGGAGAAGAUUAUGCAGAUUUCUUGACCUCGUUGUUGUACAAUGAGAUCUCUGCUCCUGGAAGUGCAGCCAAGCUGUAAAUAAACCCAUGUAAAAAGCCAUAUAAACAGUACGGCUGCUGAGCAAUGAGAUUUCAUCCAGGGCAUGAAGUUCUCGUCCUUGCCCUCGCUGUCGAAGGAGGAGCAGAGAUACCAUGCUCACCUACCCUGAGAAGUGAUGAACUGUAAAGACGCCCGUGAGGAAAUGGGAAAGUUUCAUUUAGCAUGUUUUACCUUUGGGCGUGAUUGUAUAUUGUUAUGAGGUAGUUGCUAAGUUCUUUUUGCCUCUUGCAGAGUUUUAUUUGCUGUGUCUAAACAGCUGCUAUGUUAGUAAAACUGAAGCCCGCCUCAAUAAUAGCUAUGAUAACAUGUGCAAAUCAUUCACCUUUUA